AUGAUGGAUAAUGUCUCUGUAAUAACAAUAUUUUAUCUCUCAGGUUUAAAUGAGACAAUUAAUCACAGAUUUCUUCUCUUCUUUCUCACUUUAUUGUGUUAUUGUGCAAUUCUGCUGGUAAAUAUUGCUCUUAUUGUGACUGUCGUCUUGGACAAAAGCCUCCACGAACCAAUGUAUAUUCUGCUCUGCACUUUUUGCAUCAACGGACUUUACGGGACAGCAGGUUUCUAUCCCAAAUUUCUGUGGGAUCUGCUCUCUCCUGUUCAUGUCAUCUCUUACUCUGGAUGCCUCGUUCAAGCUCAUGUAAUGUACACUUACGCCUGUGGUGAUCUCUCUAUUCUUGCCGUCAUGGCAUAUGACAGAUAUGUGGCUAUAUGUCGACCUCUAGAGUACCACUGUGUCAUGUCCAGGCAAAGGAUUUUAAAGUUAGUGUGUUUCUCUUGGUUAACACCGUUCUGUGUUAUAGGCACAAACAUUUCUCUGACAGCACGGCUGAAGUUGUGCAGCACUUUUAUUCCCCGACUCUUUUGCGUGAACUGGAUUAUUGUUUCCCUCGCUUGUUUCCCAGCUGAAGUUCUUGUUAACAACAUAGUUGCAUACAUCACAAUACUCAUUUAUGUAUUUCAUGGUGUUUUUAUCGUUUGGUCCUACAUGUACCUCAUCAAAACCUGUGUGCAUUCUGCAGAAAACAGGACAAAGUUCAUGCAGACCUGUGUGCCACAUUUGGUCUCCUUAACAACCUUUCUCUUUACUAUACUUUUUGAUAUCAUGACCAUACGAUACGGCUCAAAAGGGUUUCCUCAAACACUUAAAAACUUUAUCGCUAUAGAAUUUCUUGUCAUACCUCCCCUCAUGAAUCCUCUCAUUUACGGUUACAAGUUGACCAAAAUUCGGAAAAGGUUUCAAGGUUUUUUCACUGCAUGUAUGAAAUGACUGUUGUCCUAAAAGCUUAUUUAGAAACAUUCAUUACACAUUUAAAUGUCAGAUAUUAGCGGGAUUUCCUUCUUUAUCCAUAAGAUCUUGAACUCUUUUGAAUAUUGGUGAAUAAGUCUUGUUAUUUGAAAUAUAUUU